UCUAACUCUGCCUGCUCAUUGAGACUUAUCCAGCUCCCUCUGGCUAGUAAUUCAACAGCUGAAUUGUCAUUUCAUUGUGAUACAGUGAGUUAGGCUAAACUGAAGGAGAGAAUGGAGGGUUACCUGACAUCUCUAUCACUGGGUGAAGAGUCUUCACAGAUGUGGGCAUUAAACAAACGCCUGGAAGCUUAUUUGUCUCGGGUUAAAGCUCUGGAGGAAGAAAAUGAAUUACUCAGAACUGAAAUCCACACUCUUAAGAAAAGCAAGUCUGAGAGAUGCUGGAAGAACAAGUUUCAAGUUGAGCUGCAUAAACUGAGAGAUGCUGUGGACGAUAGCCAUAGGGAGCUGGUGCUAGCAGAAAGGUCCAGAGACAGCAUUUGGGAGGAGGUAGAGUUUGUGAAACAUAUGUGCCUACAAGAACAGCAAGCACAAGAAGAUGCAAAUAAAGAGCUAUAUGAAAGCAAAAAGUUAUUGGAAGAAGAGAAACGGACUCAAAGUUGGUUGAAAGAGAAACUUGCUCAACUAGAAGGAGAGUUGGAGGACAUUUUGGCAGCCCACGAGGAAGAGAAAGCAUUGGUAGAGGAGGAGAUCGUUAGCUUCUCCCAAAGGUUAGAGAACUUCAGAGUUGCCCCUGUAGCUAUUAAAGCAGUAGAUGUAGAAGACUACGCUAAUAGAGUUUCUGCAAUCUGGCAUGGGGCAGUGGAGAGCUACAAGAGUCAAGUUUCUGAGCUGGAAGCAUCUUUAUCUGAAGCCAAUGACAACUUGAAGAAGGUGCAAGAUGAGAACAAACUGAGUAAGAUACAGUUGCAGAACCUUGAUACAGAAUUACAAAGUCUCAAAGUAAGGAAGGAGAUGCUGGAGGAACUCCUGUCCAGACAGUGGCAGGAGCAGCAGGAGGAUGAAGGCAAACUACAGCUUGAAGUUGAAGCUUUGGAAAAAGAAAAGAUGGAGUUACGAGAAGAAAUAGCUCAAGUUCUUGAGGACAGACAGCAACUCAUGCACCUUAAGAUGUCUCUCAGCUUGGAAGUGGCUACUUACAGAUCCCUUCUAGAAGCUGAGAGUACAAGAAUGUAUACGCCAGUGAAGGAUUACAAAAUAUCUAGCUCUUUCUAUGACUCAACACUGGAACAGAAGAAUGCAAGAAAAAGACAGACUGAAAGUUCAAGAAAGCAAAUGUCUAAGGAAUACAGAUUGAGUUCUAGCAAAAAGCAGGAGGAGGAGAGAAAGGAACUGUUAUGGUCAACUCCAAAUCGAUUACUGAAUGUAAAAAGUACUACUUUUAAGAAUAAGACAAGUCCUGUUACCAAAGAGUUUCAGAAAGUUAGCUCUGUGCUUCAGUCUCAGGACUUAAAAUAUACCAAAGCAUCAAAUAUUAAAGUUUUGCCAUCAAUAGAGAGCAAUUUAAAAAAGCUUCCUCAAAAUGAAGAAGUGUUAAACAAGAAUAAAACAAUUACCAACUCAUAUUACAAAGGUUCAACUAAAAUAAUUAGUGAAAAGACUGAAAGGAAUGAAAUUACCUCUGUCCCUGUUUUGCAUCAAAACACUAGAUCUGCAGACACUAAAGAAUUUAAUAAAAUAGAGGUCCUAGAUAAUGGAAAGAGUAAGUCCAGUUCUCCAAAUAUAGAGGAUGUACUGAUUGCUCAGCUGGACAAUACUCAUUUGGAAACCACUGAGAAAAUAGAACAACAUACCUCCAUCUCUGUUUUGCAUCAAAAUAAUAGCUCUGCAGAUACUAAUGAACUGUAUAAAUAUGAGGUAUUGGAUAGUUCCCCAAACAUAGAGGAUGAACUCGUUGUUAAAUAUGAGGUAUUGGAUAGUUCCCCAAACAUAGAGGAUGAACUCGUUGUUAAGAUAGAAAAUGAUCAUUCAGAAUCCACCAAGGAGGUAAAAGAAAAACAUAUUGAUGAACCUUCAGAUUUUGUCCUGAGGGAUGAAGACAUUUCUGAUAUUCAUAAGGGUUAUGAGGAGAAUAUUGAAGAAAAAUAUGAAGAAGAAACAAUCACUAAAGAGUUUCUUCACAUUAAAGCACUGGAAGAUGAGAUAAGUAACAUUAUUAGUUUAGAAGAAACUUGUGAAAAUGCUGAAAAUGUUCUGAGUUCAAAACAUUUAAAUGAAGAUAUUAUUAAAGAUCGUGUGGUAUCAGCAGUCAUUCAAGAUAUUGCCUCAGAAAUACCUAUAUCUGAAGUCACCAUACAAGUGAUAGAAAAAGAUACCAUAGGGGAAGAAGUGAAUUACCAAAGGAUGCAUAUUGAGAAACAAGAAGAAUUGGAUUAUAAAGAUGUUGAAAUAACAGACAAAGAAGUUUCUCAAGAAGGAGCACAAGUUCUCACUAUUGCUGAAUUAAGUCCUGUGAAUACAGUAGCUAAUUUAGCAAGUUCUUCUGAAGUAGCAGAAAUCAGUGUUUUGAAAGAAAUCAGAUGUUUUCAGACUAACACAUAUGAACACAUGAAGAUUGCAACAUUUUCUACUGCCAAUGAUGAGAUAUCUGAAGUCAUAAUGAAAAGCUUGGGGAACUCUUUGGAAAAUGAAUUGCUGGUUGCUGCAAGUGCAGAAUUUGAACCAAAAAGUGACAAAGAAAGUGACUCUGAAUGUCAACUGUCAUCUAAUAGUCAACACCUUGUGGACAACAUAAGUGAUACAUAUGAAGCAAACAAAAAGACAGAUGAUGAAGAAGAUGGCGUGUAUCUAUGCCAGAAAGAACAGAAACAUGAUGAGGUUGUUGAAGCCAGUUCAAUGCAAAUAAAAGAAGAGAGUAGACUUUUUGAAGAUGAAGGGAGAAAAGAACUUAAUAUAUGUGCUACUGAGGAAGUAAAUAAAGUAUUCCAGGACAAUGGGUAUAAUACACAGUUGUUGCAUGGUGAACAAGUUGCUAGCCAUUUAAGUGAUGCUAACCAGGAUCAGGGCUUCGAACUUGAUGCUGAAAGCAUUCAGCAAAAUCAGGAACAACAUAAAAGUUUUGAGUUGAGUGAGAAUGAAAUGGAUAAUACAACAAAUACAGUGCAGGAAAUGCCUUUAUCGUAUGAUGAAAGAAAACAAAGUCUAAUUAAAGCUGACAAUGAAGAACUUAAGGAUAAUGAACAGAUCUAUCAACAAAUAAGCCAUUCUGUUUUGUCUUUUCAACCAAUUGGUGAUGUAGAAUUUGUCGUUUGUCAAAUUGAUGAUAAACAAGAUAUUCAAGACUUAAAUGAUCUAGAGGAAUAUGAGCAACACAGUGAUACAGAAUAUGUUGAAAGGAUUCAGCAAAAUCAGGAACAUAACAGUUUUGAGUUGAUUGAGGAUGAACUGGAUAAUUCUAAAUUAACAAAUAAAGUACAAGAAAUUCCUUUAUCAUACGAUGAAGGAAAACAAGGACUAAUUGUAACUGAACAUGAAGAACUCAAAUAUGAUGAACAAGCCAUUCAACAAAUAAGCCAUUCUGUAGUGUCUUCUCAACCAAUUGUUGAUAAAGAAUCUGUUAUCCCUCAAAUUGAUGAUAAACAAGAUAUUCAAGACAUAAAUAAUGCAGAAGAAUUUGAACAUCACAGUGAAACAGAGCAUGUUGAAAGCAUUAAGAAAAUUCAGGAACAGCAUAAAAGUUUUGAGUUGAGUGAGGAUGAACUGGAUAGUACUAAGUUAACAAAUAUGGAACAGGAAACUCCUUUAUCAUAUGAUGAAGGAAAACAAGAUAUAAUUGCAGCUGAUAAUGGAGAACUCAAGGAUGAUGAACAAGUCUUUCAACAAAUAAGUAAUUUCCUUGAGUUUUCUCAACCAACUGGUGAUGUAGAAUCAGUUGUCCAUCAAAUUGAUGAUAAACAAGAUAUUCAAGACAUAAAUGAUGCAGAAAAAGAUGAGUAUCACAGUGAUACAGAAUAUGUAUACCAACAACAUGAAAAUGAUAAUAUAUGUCACUUGGAUAUUAAAAAUAGCGAAGCAGAAGGUGAACUAACUUUCAUUCUUGAAAAGGACAAUAUUCCUAAAGAUGAUGAAGAAAGCAAGUUGGGUGAGCCUGGCAAUGUGGGAGAACUUAGAGAGGAAGAACACAUCAAACCAUCAGAUACUAUAGAUGAAAACAUUUUAAAAGAAGUUGAUGAUCAAAGUUCAUAUUUUUCAAAAAAUGAGGUAGAACUGGUUAAUAAUUUAGAAUUGGCAAGCGAAGAAAGAAAUGCUAAUUCUAGCACUGAAAGAGAGAAUAAUAUUGAGACAGAUGUGGAAAAAUCAGAAUUAGUUACUGAAUUUGAAGAACAAUAUGUAAAGACAGAAAAUAAUUUACCCCUGACUUCAGAGCCCACCUCUGAAAAUCAACCUCUGAAGGAGUGGGAAGAAAACAAUGAGGGAGAACUUAGAAAGGAAGAACACAACGAACCAUCAGAUACUAUAGAUGAAAACAUUUUAAAAGAAGGUGAUGAUCAAAGUUCAUAUUUUUCAGAGAAUGAAGUAGAACUGGUUAAUAAAAUAGAACAGGCAAGCAAAGAAGAAAAUACUAACUUUAUAAUUGAAAGUGAGAAAAUUAUUAAGAUGGAUUUGGAAAAAUCAGAAAUAAUUAUUGAAGAACCAUAUGCCAUGACAGAAAAUGAUUUACCCCUAGAAUUAGAACCUACCAAUGAAGAUCAUGCUGAUAAGGGGUGGGUAGAAGACAGUGCGGCAGACAUUAAAGAAGAACUUAGCAGUGAAUCAGCAGACACUAUGAAUGAAAAAAGUGAUCCCAUUUCAUAUGUCUCAGAAAAUGAAUUGGAACAGGUUAGUAAUAUAGAAUUGGCAAACAAAGAACAAAAUAUUGAUUCCAGCAGUGACAGUGAGAAAAUUAUUGAGACAGAUUUGGAAAAAUCAGAAAUAGUUACUGAAUUUGAAGAAGAAUAUGUAAAGACAGAAAAUGAUUCACUCCUGGCAUCAGAGACUACCUCUGAAGGUCAACCUCUGAAGGAGGGGGAAGCAGACAAUGUGGGAGAACUUAGAGAGGAAGAACACAUCAAACCAGCAGAUACUAUAGAUGAAAACAUUUUAAAAGAAGGUGAUGAUCAAAGUUCAUAUUUUUCAAAAAACGAGGUAGAACUGGUUAAUAAUUUAGAAUUGGCAAGCGAAGAAAGAAAUGCUAAUUCUAGCACUGAAAGAGAGAAUAAUAUUGAGACAGAUGUGGAAAAAUCAGAAUUAGUUACUGAAUUUGAAGAACAAUAUGUAAAGACAGAAAAUAAUUUACCCCUGACUUCAGAGCCCACCUCUGAAAAUCAACCUCUGAAGGAGUGGGAAGAAAACAAUGAGGGAGAACUUAGAAAGGAAGAACACAACGAACCAUCAGAUACUAUAGAUGAAAACAUUUUAAAAGAAGGUGAUGAUCAAAGUUCAUAUUUUUCAGAGAAUGAAGUAGAACUGGUUAAUAAAAUAGAACAGGCAAGCAAAGAAGAAAAUACUAACUUUAUAAUUGAAAGUGAGAAAAUUAUUAAGAUGGAUUUGGACAAAUCAGAAAUAAUUAUUGAAGAACCAUAUGCCAUGACAGAAAAUGAUUUACCCCUAGAAUUAGAACCUACCAAUGAAGAUCAUGCUGAUAAGGGGUGGGUAGAAGACAGUGCGGCAGACAUUAAAGAAGAACUUAGCAGUGAAUCAGCAGACACUAUGAAUGAAAAAAGUGAUCCCAUUUCAUAUGUCUCAGAAAAUGAAUUGGAACAGGUUAGUAAUAUAGAAUUGGCAAACAAAGAACAAAAUAUUGAUUCCAGCAGUGACAUUGAGAAAAUUAUUGAGACAGAUUUGGAAAAAUCAGAAAUAGUUACUGAAUUUGAAGAAGAAUAUGUAAAGACAGAAAAUGAUUCACUCCUGGCAUCAGAGACUACCUCUGAAGGUCAACCUCUGAAGGAGGGGGAAGCAGACAAUGUGGGAGAACUUAGAGAGGAAGAACACAUCAAACCAUCAGAUACUAUAGAUGAAAACAUUUUAAAAGAAGGUGAUGAUCAAAGUUCAUAUUUUUCAAAAAACGAGGUAGAACUGGUUAAUAAUUUAGAAUUGGCAAGCGAAGAAAGAAAUGCUAAUUCUAGCACUGAAAGAGAGAAUAAUAUUGAGACAGAUGUGGAAAAAUCAGAAUUAGUUACUGAAUUUAAAGAACAAUAUGUAAAGACAGAAAAUAAUUUACUCCUGACUUCAGAGCCCACCUCUGAAAAUCAACCUCUGAAGGAGUGGGAAGAAAACAAUGAGGGAGAACUUAGAAAGGAAGAACACAACAAACCAUCAGAUACUAUAGAUGAAAACAUUUUAAAAGAAUGUGAUGAUCAAAGUUCAUAUUUUUCAGAGAAUGAAGUAGAACUGGUUAAUAAAAUAGAACAGGCAAGCAAAGAAGAAAAUACUAACUUUAUAAUUGAAAGUGAGAAAAUUAUUAAGAUGGAUUUGGAAAAAUCAGAAAUAAUUAUUGAAGAACCAUAUGCCAUGACAGAAAAUGAUUUACCCCUAGAAUUAGAACCUACCAAUGAAGAUCAUGCUGAUAAGGGGUGGGUAGAAGACAGUGCGGCAGACAUUAAAGAAGAACUUAGCAGUGAAUCAGCAGACACUAUGAAUGAAAAAAGUGAUCCCAUUUCAUAUGUCUCAGAAAAUGAGUUGGAACAGGUUAGUAAUAUAGAAUUGGCAAACAAAGAACAAAAUAUUGAUUCCAGCAGUGACAGUGAGAAAAUUAUUGAGACAGAUUUGGAAAAAUCAGAAAUAGUUACUGAAUUUGAAGAAGAAUAUGUAAAGACAGAAAAUGAUUUACUCCUGGCAUCAGAGACUACCUCUGAAGAUCAACCGCUGAAGGAGGGGGAAGCAGACAAUGUGGGAGAACUUAGAGAGGAAGAACACAUCAAACCAUCAGAUACUAUAGAUGAAAACAUUUUAAAAGAAGGUGAUGAUCAAAGUUCAUAUUUUUCAAAAAACGAGGUAGAACUGGUUAAUAAUUUAGAAUUGGAAAGCGAAGAAAGAAAUGCUAAUUCUAGCACUGAAAGAGAGAAUAAUAUUGAGACAGAUGUGGAAAAAUCAGAAUUAGUUACUGAAUUUAAAGAACAAUAUGUAAAGACAGAAAAUAAUUUUCCCCUGACUUCAGAGCCCACCUCAGAAAAUCAACCUCUGAAGGAGUGGGAAGAAAACAAUGAGGGAGAACUUAGAAAGGAAGAACACAACAAACCAUCAGAUACUAUAGAUGAAAACAUUUUAAAAGAAGGUGAUGAUCAAAGUUCAUAUUUUUCAGAGAAUGAAGUAGAACUGGUUAAUAAAAUAGAACAGGCAAGCAAAGAAGAAAAUACUAACUUUAUAAUUGAAAGUGAGAAAAUUAUUAAGAUGGAUUUGGACAAAUCAGAAAUAAUUAUUGAAGAACCAUAUGCCAUGACAGAAAAUGAUUUACCCCUAGAAUUAGAACCCACCAAUGAAGAUCAUGCUGAUAAGGCGUGGGUAGAAGACAGUGCGGCAGACAUUAAAGAAGAACUUAGCAGUGAAUCAGCAGACACUAUGAAUGAAAAAAGUGAUCCCAUUUCAUAUGUCUCAGAGAAUGCGUUGGAACAGGUUAGUAAUAUAGAAUUGGCAAACAAAGAACAAAAUAUUGAUUCCAGCAGUGACAGUGAGAAAAUUAUUGAGACAGAUUUGGAAAAAUCAGAAAUAGUUACUGAAUUUGAAGAAGAAUAUGUAAAGACAGAAAAUGAUUUACUCCUGGCAUCAGAGACUACCUCUGAAGAUCAACCGCUGAAGGAGGGGGAAGCAGACAAUGUGGGAGAACUUAGAGAGGAAGAACACAUCAAACCAUCAGAUACUAUAGAUGAAAACAUUUUAAAAGAAGGUGAUGAUCAAAGUUCAUAUUUUUCAGAGAAUGAAGUAGAACUGGUUAAUAAAAUAGAACAGGCAAGCAAAGAAGAAAAUACUAACUUUAUAAUUGAAAGUGAGAAAAUUAUUAAGAUGGAUUUGGAAAAAUCAGAAAUAAUUAUUGAAGAACCAUAUGCCAUGACAGAAAAUGAUUUACCCCUAGAAUUAGAACCUACCAAUGAAGAUCAUGCUGAUAAGGCGUGGGUAGAAGACAGUGUGGCAGACAUUAAAGAAGAACUUAGCAGUGAAUCAGCAGACACUAUGAAUGAAAAAAGUGAUCCCAUUUCAUAUGUCUCAGAAAAUGCGUUGGAACAGGUUAGUAAUAUAGAAUUGGCAAACAAAGAACAAAAUAUUGAUUCCAGCAGUGACAGUGAGAAAAUUAUUGAGACAGAUUUGGAAAAAUCAGAAAUAGUUACUGAAUUUGAAGAAGAAUAUGUAAAGACAGAAAAUGAUUUACUCUUGGCAUCAGAGACUACCUCUGAAGAUCAACCGCUGAAGGAGGGGGAAGCAGACAAUGUGGGAGAACUUAGAGAGGAAGAACACAUCAAACCAUCAGAUACUAUAGAUGAAAACAUUUUAAAAGAAGGUGAUGAUCAAAGUUCAUAUUUUUCAAAAAACGAGGUAGAACUGGUUAAUAAUUUAGAAAAUAAUUUACCCCUGACUUCAGAGCCCACCUCUGAAAAACAACCUCUAAAGGAGUGGGAAGAAAACAAUGAGGGAGAACUUAGAAAGGAAGAACACAACAAACCAUCAGAUACUAUAGAUGAAAACAUUUUAAAAGAAGGUGAUGAUCAAAGUUCAUAUUUUUCAGAAAAUGAGGUAGAAGUUGUUAAUAAUAUAGAAUUGGCAAGCAAAGAAAGAAAUGCUAAUUUUAUCACUGAAAGUGAGACUAUUGAGACAGAUUUGGAAAAAUCAGAAAUAGUUACUGAAUUUGAAGAACAAUAUGUAAAGACAGAAAAUGAUUUCCUCCUGGCAUCAGAGCCCACCAAUGAAGAUCAACCUCUAAAGGAGUGGGAAGAAGACAAUGUGGGAGAACUUAGAAAGGAAGAACUCAUCAAACCAUCAGACACCAUCGAUGAAAACAUUUUAAAAGAAGGUGAUGAACAAAGUUCAUAUUUUUUGGAAAAUGAGGUAGAACUGGUUAAUAAUAUAGAAUUGGCAAGUGAAAAAAGAAAUGCUAAUUUUAUCACUGAAAGUGAGACUAUUGAGACAGAUUUGGAAAAAUCAGAAAUAGUUACUGAAUUUGAAGAACAGUAUGUAAAGACAGAAAAUAAUUUCCUCCUGGCAUCAGAGCCCACCAAUGAAGAUCAACCUCUAAAGGAGGGGGAAGAAGACAAUGUGGGAGAACUUAGAAAGGAAGAACACAUCCAACCAUCAGACACUAUAGAUGAAAACAUUUUAAAAGAAAGUGAUGAACAAAGUUCAUAUUUUGCAGAAAAUGAGGUAGAACUGGUUAAUAAUAUAGAAUUGGCAAGCAAAGUAAGAAAUGCUAAUUCUGGCACUGAAAGUGAGAAUAAUCAUGAGACAGAUUUGGAAAAAUCAGAAAUAGGUACUGAAUUUGAAGAAAAAUAUGUAAAGACAGAAAAUGAUUUCCUCCUGGCAUCAGAGCCCACCUCUGAAGAUCAACCUCUGACGGAGUGGGAAGAAGACCAUGUGGGAGAACUUAGAAAGGAAGAACACAUCCAACCAUCAGACACUAUAGAUGAAAACAUUUUAAAAGAAAGUGAUGAACAAAGUUCAUAUUUUUCCGAAAAUGAGGUAGAACUGGUUAAUAAUAUCGAAUUGGCAAGCAAAGAAAGAAAUGCUAAUUCUGGCACUGGAAGUGAGAAUAAUCAUGAGACAGAUUUGGAAAAAUCAGAAAUAGUUACUGAAUUUGAAGAACAAUAUGUAAAGACAGAAAAUGAUUCACUUCUGGCAUCAGAGCCAACAAAAGAAAAAGCUGUUCAGGAGUGGGAAGGAAACAAUGAGGCAGAACAUAAGGAAAAAACUAUCAGUGAAUCAGCAGAUAAUGAGUUAGAACUGGUUAGUAAAAAAGAUCUGGAAAUUGAAGAGCAAAAUACUAAUUCCAGUACUGUAAGUGAGAAAAAUGUGAUAGAUGUUGAAAAAUCAGAAAUCAUUACUAAAUCAGAUGAAAAACAAUAUGUUAAAUCAGAAAAUGACUUACACUUGGCAUUAGAACCCACUACUGAAGAUCUAGUUUAUAAGGAGUGGAGAGAAGACAAUGCAGCAGAACUUAAGGAAGAACAUAGCAAUGAAUUAGCAGACACUUUAAAUGAAAACAUUUUAAAAGAAUUUAUUGAUUCCAGUUCAUCAUUUUCAGAAAAUGAGGCAGAACUGGUUAGUAACAUAGAAUUAGCGAGUGAAUUAAAAAAUACUAAUUCCAGCCCUGAAAGUGAAAAAAAUAAUGAAAUAGCCGAUUAUGAAGAAAAAUAUGCUGAGUCAGAAAAUAAUUUACCCCUGGCAACAGAAUUCACUGUUCAAAAUCAUGCAGACAACGAUCAAGAAGUUGUAGAAUUUAAAGAAGAACAUAGCAGCAAAAUUAGGAUUAUUGAAUUGUCAGCUGAGGAUCUUACUGAGAUCAAUGUACACCAUUUAGACUAUGAACAUAAGACUAAUAUCUUAGAAUUUUCAGCUGAAGUGAAUUUGGUUGAAGAGCAGAGUGAAUUUGAAGAUUCUUCAGUAAACCCUGAAAGUAGCAAAACAGAAAAUGAAAUCUCAGAAUCUGAAGAAUCUGCUAACUCACAAGAAGAUAUCUCAUUUUCAUCUCAAAAGACUGCAGACUUUGAAAUAAGCAAAGAUUAUCAGUUAGAGCAAACAUUGCCUGACACAACACCUUUGCCUAACCUUGAAGAUGAAUUUGGAGAUUUGACUGUAGAACAGGCAGAAUUACCAUUGGAUACUCCUCUUAAUGAUAAGGACACCAACGUAUUUCAGAAUAAAGAUAGCUUUGUAGAAAGCCUAACUGAAGACAAUGCAACUACCAUUUUAAACCAGGAGUCAAGCUUUUCUGAUGACUCUUAUUCAAAUGAGUCAAAAGAAGACACCUUUGAUGGUCAGGUCACGGAAAACCUUGCAUCCGAGCAAGAAGUGGAAGAAUCCAGUAAUUCAACUACUAAAGCUGAUGUAGAUAUAAAUGAAGUUGUAGAGAUCAUUGAAAAAAGUAAUGUGAUCCAUGGAAACAAAGAUGAAUCUGUAGAUAAUGGCUUAAACAAUAUAGAACAUUUUGAUCCAGAAACACAAAAAUUACUUUUUGAUAAAAAUGUAACAACAGGAGAAACACAGGCCGAGCUGAAGCAAUCAAAGGUUGUGGAUACAGACAAUGAAUACUCGUUGUCUUUAGCUGAAGACUCUCCAAAUACAGCACAAAUUAGCGAUGCUUCUGAAAAUGAUAGAAACAGCAUAAUUGAGGACAACAAUGUUAAUAGGGGUCUAGAAGAGUCUGAAAUUACAAAGUUAGAAAGUUAUAAAGAGAUACAGGAUGAGGAAAAAUUAUUCAAUGUAGAAUCCCCCUCUGCUUCUAGUGUAACAAAACAAACAGAUUCAAGUGAAAAUCCAUUAUCUGAUUCAGAUAAGAAGGGAGAUCACAUUAGAAACACUCAAUGUGAAUUACUUAAUAGAAAAGACACACAUGAAAAAGAAGCAGCUGAACAAUCUGAGCAUCCUAUCAAAGAAAAUAGAAUAGAAAAUGAUAUAAGUGCAGAAAAAGUAAAUGGAUUUCAUGAAAAUAAAACUGUAAAUGAUGAGCUUAAUUUAUCAGACAACAUAUUAAGUACUCAUAUAAAUGGUGAACAAAGUGGAUUAUUACAUUCAAAUGAGAACACUUUUGAGAACCUUGAAGGUGAGAUUGCAGAUUCUUACACAGAGACUGAAGAGCAUCCUAUUCUUAAAUUUGGUGUGUCACAGUCGAAAAGUGAGGGACUUUUCUAGUCAUUGCUUGCAACCUCUGUAUCUGAAGAAGGUGCCAGAAUAGAUUGAAGUUCAACUUCUAGCCUCAGAUAUCAAGAAAAUUGAUACUCAUGAAAAUGAUGAGGACUUUCGUGAAAACAAAUCUGCCAAGAUGAUUCAAAAUCUCUACCCUGAAAAGUAAUUUUGAUGGUCAAUCUCAAAUGGUUGCCAGCAUAAUGUCUUCUUUGCAAGGUGAAAGUAUAAUCCAAGAAGAUACUACACAUGAAAGCAUUACAGACAUGAAAGUUCAAAACGAAGGUUCAUGGUCAUCUAGUGAUAAGUAACUGAAGGGACUUAUGUCUAAGUAUAAAUAAAAAAUACUAUUUUUCUGGCAAACAUAUUUUAAUACCUUAGUCACUCAGAAGCAAAAAGAUCAAGAACAAGCCAGGGAAAUCAGUUUCAAGAUUUAAUAGUUCAUAAGAGAGAGUGGUAUAUUUUUUGUAAAACAUUCUUAAUGUUUUUAUAAAUUUAUAUAUUUCUAUAGUUCAAUCCAACCCAACAAAAUAAAUGGUUCAAAAUAUUUUUCAGGAAUGAAUAUAUCAAAUAUUGAAAAAACUAAAACAUGUCAGUUUUAAGUGAGUUUCUUGUAUGGUACUUAUUUUCACUUGGGAAUUUAGAAAGACUAUUUUAAUCUUUUGUUGAUGACUGAACUCAAAUUACUGUCACAGACAACACUUUUUUAAUCAUAAAGGUAGUAAGUUGUCUUCUUUAUGCUAGAAUAAACAAAAUGUAUUUUAGAAGUCAAACAGUUAAAAUCUCAUAGAAACAUAACCUUGGAUAAUAAAUCAAUCAACUGCCACCUUAACCUGUCCACUUAAAAUGUCAUUGUAACAAUUCAGACUCUGAGCCUACUUAAUAAUUUUUAUGAUUUUUUUUUUAUUUUCAGAAUAUGUUUAUGGCUUUCUGUUCUUUUGUUUUAUUCGUUAUUUAUUAAACUGUUGUUAAAAGAGGAUUAUACUUGUAAUGUAUGCAUCAAAAGCAUGUUUUAAACAUUAAAAACUUUUUUUGCAUUAAAAA